AUGGAAGUAUUUUGUAGAGGAUGUUUAAUUCAGUAUAACGAUCCGUCUGAAUUGAUACAGUACUCAGAAAAGAAUAGAAGAUUAUUUAUAUAUUGUACUGGUAUACAGGUUAAACUAAAUGACAGUUUUACAUUCCAAUUAUGCAAAGAAUGCUACCUCAAUAUGCAAGUUAGUUGUAAAUUUAAGAAAUUAUGUCAUAAUUCUGAUAAGAGAAUAAAAAAGUACUUGUCUUUAAAAGAUGUUGGUGAAAAUAUUGAUUUGCCUACUUACCUCAAGACAGAUGAUGACUCAAUAACUUUCAGGCUUCCUUUGCUUGGGAAUAGUACACCAAGCAAUAAUAAUGUUAAAGAUGAGGACAAUGAAUCAACAUGUACCAGUAUACAAAACUUUAUCAACGACAUUAUGGCGUCAGAGGAGUUACCAGCCACAGAAGCUCGCAUUAUACGGGAAGUAAUUGAGGAAGAGGCGGAUGUUCUGGAUGAUUCUUUGGACUCACAUUGGCUUCAAGAUGAUAUAUCUAUUGACAACAGUUGCAAACUAGAUUUCAGUUUUAGUCCAUUUGUAACACCUCAGUAUACCAAUGAAGAUAGUCUAAAGAAAUUUGAAGAUGAAAUUACAAAUAAAAGAUCUGAUGAUGUUGCUACAUUUAAAAUACCAGCAGACAUCAGUCUAAAGGUAGAACCUAAGUUGAAAGAAUAUGAUACGACGGAAACAAAAUGUACAAUAGACCAAAAUUUAGAAAAUGCCUUGCUAAAUGAAAAUAAUACGAAUGUCUUUUUAGAAGAUCUUCUUGUUACACCUCCAUUACAAUCAAAUAUAUCUGGACCACCUACUCCUGUAAUAAAUAACAUACUAUUUGGUGAACAAUUAGAAAGCGAUGGUGAAAAUUCUUUAAUGAAUAAAAUAGGUAUGUGUAUUGAAGAAUUUAAACCUGUACAAUCUGAUAGUGAUGUAUUGGAAGAUAUCUUAGCUGAAACUGUUAAAGAUUUUAAUAUAGACCAAGAUAUAGAAGAUAAUGAUAUUGAAAUGAAAACGGAAAUAUUAAAAGAAAGAAAUUCCUACAAAAACAAAGAAAAUAGAAAAGAUAUAUGCAAUAGUGAUGUGAAAACAAAACAGAUUGAAACAAAGUGUUCAUCACCAGAUAUAACUAAUUUCUAUUGCAAAAUGUGUAACAAACAGUUUAAGAAUCUUGCCGCAUUGAAAGUACACUGCGGAAGAAAACAUAAAUUAAGGAUAUCUAAUAACAAUUCGGAUAACUCUAAAUUGGGAAAACCUCGGAUAUGUGAUUAUUGUGGAAAAGUGUAUCGUCGUUUGCCUUUAUUUGUACAACAUAUUAAAAGCCAUGCUGGUACAGGAACGUCACGUUCAUAUGUAUGCCAAAUUUGUUCAUUGAAAUUCACUUCAGAGGCCAAACUUAAUAUGCACCAGAACACACACAAAAAGAAACCUUCAGCUAAAAAUCAUAAGAAAUUCGUGUGCACGAUAUGCGGAGCUGGGAGUUCCUCAGCGACUAAUUUGAAAACGCACCUCAGACGACAUUCUAAGAACUAUACCUUACAUUGCGAGGAGUGCGGCAUGGGCUUCUACAGGAAGACAGACCUCACCACGCAUUACAGGCACCAUACUGGUGAAAAACCUUACGCCUGCGAGCACUGUAAUCGUAAAUUUGCACGACGAGAUGUACUCAAUAGACAUAUGAAAUGUCACACAGACGAGAAACCAUUUGAGUGUCCAUAUUGUGAUAUACGAUAUUCCAAGAAACAUUAUUUGAUAACACAUAUAGAAAAAUGCAAGGCUUGUCGGAUGACAUUGCCUCCCGAAGAAACGGACAAUGAGAACAAUGUCUCAGUGUAUUACGCUACAGUUGUGGGCACAGAUGUCGUAUUAGAUGAAACUGAAGAAAAAGAACUAGCAUUAAGUGAGUCUACUUAA